AUGGCCGAUGCGAACGGCGUUCCUCGCAGGGUCUCCAUGGCCUAUAUUUUAGGUUUCAGCAACAAGCCGUACAAGGAAGUAAGGUUGCCUAUACCUCCCCCUCCGCCGCAAGCUAGAAAGCCCAGUCAGCCGGUCAGCAUAGUGGGCACUUUCAUCAGACACUACGGAGAGUUUAGUCAAACUAACUAUUGCCAGAUUCCUACUCCCGGUCAUAUCAUGGAGUGGACCGCUAGCGACGGGCGUAAAGGCAAACUUACAGGCGCAGGCAAGCCGCGACUCACUGCAGCCAGUCUUGCGAAGGUGCCAUCCGACAAGCGGUCGACAAAGGAAGCGCUUAGUGUAAAGAGUACGUCGAAGAAAGCAACUGCGACCAAACCUGCUGUCGAUGGAGGUGACGGGUGGGUUACCAACACCGAUUGGGCCAAAACUUCUGUCAAGGAUGGAAACAAGGAUUCAGACUCAAAGAAAGGAAAUGAGGGACCCUUGGAUAACACAGGCAACGAGAGCAAUGAUCCGCUCGCGAAUUCUUGGGGAAACGCCGGAAAUGCUGCGGGUGGCGAUGACAAGACAGACGAGAAGAAGGAUGAGACUACAUCAGCUUGGGACACUCCGACCAACGCCCAAACCGGUCCGGAAGCGCACGACAAUCCCGUUCGGGGAAGCGAGGGAGACAAGAAAGACGAGAACAAAAAUGCUUGGACAAAGGAACAAGAUGAGAAACUGAUGCAUAUGAAAGCUGAAAACGUAAACGUGGCCUGGAAUAAGAUCAGUCAGGAAUUCGGGAAAACUGAAGAAGAUUGCAGAAAGCGCUUCAAGGCAAUCAAGCCUAAUGCAGCCAAACAAGGGGGCGAAGGUAAGAAGGGGAAGGAGAAAAGGCAGAAUCAUGAUCAGAACCAGAGCAAAGGAGGUAACAAGAAGGAUGCGAAGAACAAUGGCAACAAAGAGGAAGAGAAGAAAGAUGAGACAUCAUGGGUUGCUGAAGCUUGGGAUAUGCCGGGAGGAAAUGGUGAUGUCUUUCCUGGUUUAUUUGGUGGAGACACGGACAACAACAAAGACGACUCUGGCAACAAGGACACUUCGUGGGAUGACCUUAAAGAAGGUACUACAGGGGCCGGUACUAGUGAAUGGGACACGAAGGGUGGAUGGGGCUCUGGUAACAUGACAGGUGGUCGAGACGGUGCUGAUGCUGCUGCUGUGAAAUGGGAUUCCAACAGUGGAGGAAACUGGAAUACAGCCUCGAACAACGAUCAGGACAAGAAAAAAGACGGUGCUAGCAUAGCAGAUCCAUGGAAUCCGACUGCUCCAGUACAGAACUCUCCGAAGCAAACUCCUUCACAAACUGGCUCUCAACACAAAGCCAGCAGCAACAACAACGCCCAGCCCAUCACCACCCGUCCCCUCGAACUCGAAGUCAAACCCGACGACACCUUCUCUGCAGAUGACUUACGUCUCGUGGCUCGAAUCCUACAACAGGAUUGCUCUAUGGUCUGGAAUAGGGUUAGCUGGCGCUUCAGGGACAAGACCGGUAGGACACUGCAUCCUGAUGAAUUCGAGAAGAAGAUUACGGGACGUCUCGAAGGCAAGGAUUGCGAGAAGAGUAAGCGGAGGUAG